AUGUACUCGAAUUCCUACGAUUUCUAUAUGCGCGGAGAAGAAAUUAUGUCCGGAGCGCAACGUAUUCACGACCCCACUUUGCUCACCGAACGUGCAUUACACCACGGUGUGGAAAUCGAAAAAAUCAAAGCCUACAUUGACGCGUUCCGUUACGGUUGUCCUCCUCAUGCUGGCGGUGGUAUCGGUUUGGAGCGUGUAACCAUGCUUUUCCUGGGCCUCGACAACAUUCGCAAAACGUCUAUGUUCCCACGCGAUCCGAAACGUCUCACACCCUAG